UCUAUCGAGACGCCAAAGUUAAAAACAGACUUUGUUUGUUUAGCAGCGCAGUGUCGAAAUGUGCAUGUUCUAGGGUUUUUGUAGCCCACGUAAUAUUAAUGUUCAGCUAGUUGUACUUACUAGUGCAAACUGCUUUAUAGGCUUAGGGUAGGUUUUCAGCUGUAUAGUAUCCCCGUAGUGCAGUAGUUGGCAAAUCGUGAACGUUAUCGUUUCUGGUAAACACCUAACGUGCGCUAACGAAUUGCUUGUGGGUUUAAGGAGAAGACACACUUGGAGUGCAAGCAACUAGCCAGCAGUAAACAAACACGCGGUCAGCAGCAGCUAGCUUGCAACGCAAUGGCGACCGAAGUCGAGACAUGGACUAAUGCUGCUGCUCAGCACGACGGUGUGUUUUGUGCCUUCGAGCCGGAGCGUGUUGGUGAGGAUGGCUUUGCUGGGGAUGAGGAUCUGCUGGAGGUGAAUGAGAACUGGACGCCACAGGAGAAGGCUCUGCACGAGGCCCGCCUGAAGGCCAAGGCCAAGCGCCGUUUGCGCAAGUCCUCGUCUCGCGACUCCACCCGGGAGUCAUUCUCGGGCUCCAUCAGUGAAGAGCCAGGAGCAGAUCCCAACAGCCCCAAGGGGAAGGGCAUCACUCCCAGUGACCGCAAGUCCAGAACUGGCAAAGGCAGAGGCCUGCCUAAGAAAGGUGGUGCAGGAGGAAAGGGGGUUUGGGGAGCCGCAGGUAUGGUUUAUGAAAUGGAGGAGCCCGAUGCCAAGGACCCCAACUACGAUGAAUCUUCACAGGGAGACACGAUAUAUGCCACUGUGAGACCAGAACUGGAUGAGCAGGAGCUGGAGAAGAUGGUCAACCCCAUUGUGCAGGAAUAUUUUGAACAUGGAGACACCAAAGAAGUUCAGAUGUUGCUGAAGGAGUUGAAUCUGGGACCACACAAGUAUGAAUUCUCGUCAAUGGCAGUGUCUUUGUCGCUGGAGGGCAAAGCCAGCCACCGGGAGCUGACCUCCCGUUUGCUGACAGACCUUUCUGGCAAGACACUCUCUGACAAAGACAUGGCACGCGCUUUUGACAAAAUGCUGAAAGAACUGCCAGACCUCAUUCUAGAUACACCGGAGGCUCCUCAGAUGCUGGGCCAGUUCAUAGCGAGAGCCAUUGCGGACCACGUGCUACCCAUGAGUUUUUUGGAUCACUACAAAGGAAAAGUGGACUGUGACCAUGCAAGAGCUGCUUUGGAUCGAGCCGCUGUCCUCCUCUCCAUGAAGAAGGAAAUAGUGCGUCUAGAUAAUGUGUGGGGAGUCGGUGGUGGCCAGCGACCUGUCAGACAUCUUGUUAAAGAGAUGAACCUGCUGCUGAAGGAGUAUCUGGUGUCUGGGGACCUGUCUGAAGCAGAGCACUGUCUAAGGGACCUGGAGGUGCCUCACUUUCACCAUGAACUGGUGUAUGAGGUUGUGGUCAUGGUGUUGGAGUCCAAAGGUGGAAAGUCAGUUCAGAUGAUGAUGAAACUUCUACAGGCAUUCUGGAAAAUGGGAUUGAUCACUCUGGACCAGAUGAAUCGGGGAUUCCAGAGAGUAUAUGAUGAGAUGCCAGAGCUCAGUGUGGAUGUGCCUCAUGCCCAUGUCAGCUUGGAGGCAUUUGUGGAGCUUUGCUUUGCAGAAGCAGUCAUAACCAAGCAGCUGAGAGAUGCCUGUCCAUCAAGGGGUCGUAAGCGCUUUGUCAGCGAGGGUGAUGGUGGCCUUGUGAAAAGCUAAAAGGGGCAAAGAACAGCUCUUGCAUUCCCACCCCCCCUUCACCCACUCUCCAGGUUCUAUGCUGGUCAGGCUAGGGGGUGUCAGGAGUUUCAACUCCUCUCCCCUGCCCUGCUCGGCUCUGAUCGCCCCCGUCAUCAGCAUCUCCACCUCCAUCCACACAUGCACCACCAGUACCAGAAGCUGGAGACAGAUAUUUUCAAGCAGAGUCUGUGGUCUGGGAAUAAACUUAAUUUAAUUUUGGAUAUUGCUCAAUUUUGGGGCGUUUUCAUGGGUCCUGUUGUUUUUUUGUUUCUCUCUUUUCAUGUGGGUGAAAAGGCCUUGUGACCCCUACUGGCCCUCUUGUGUGGUCUGUGUAAGGUGCAGCCAUCAAGUGGUUGAGGAUGGGGCAGGAGGAAAGGGCCAAGGGAUCACUGGUGCAGGGGUUUGGAGGGUCGUGGGUGUUUUUUUUUUCUGGCCUAUUUUUGCUUUGCUUCAAUAAUGUCUUUUUUUCUUUGUUCUUUCUUUUUUGCUUUGCAUGUAUAAUGCUAAGAAGCACUUAAAACAUAUUUUUGAAGAAAAAAAAAGAAUAUGUGCUUGGACAUGGGAAUGUUCUUUGUUCUUCAGAACCCAAAGUCAAGGCAAUGGCGUCUGUCGUCACCUUUUGAGUGAUGCAUCACUUAUGUAGGGAUCAGUUUUUCCUCUUUGAUUUAAUUACUGCUGUCAACACAAGGCCUCGGCCUGUCUUGAACCAAUAUCUCAAACUGUGAAAUACUAAUUUUAUGAUCUUUAUCGCUUCUCAGAUCCAUCCAAAUUCAAUCUACUUUACAGUCUAUUCAUUUUGUUUAAAGCCCUUUAAGUUCUUGUUUUAAUUAGACUCCGUUUUCUUCUUUGAGAACACUAUGCACCAAGCCUGGGAUUAGUAAAGGUACUAUCCUUAUGUGUAGAAUAGCAGUGUUUUUUAAAAAGCACAACAACUUCAGGUCCAUAAAAUAAUGGCAAAUGGGGGUAGGGGGGUGGCACACUCACUUGACACAAGAGAAUUAUUCCAGUGUUAAGGCAGAAAACAUGUAAAACACCCCCGCUGUGAAAUCAAUUUCUUAAAGAGACCCUGAUGCAUAAUAACCUCAUGCAAAGGAGCUUAAGCUGGUGGGUUGCAAGUGGUUGGCAAUUUGGAUUGACCGUCAGACUUGUUUGAAGAAUAGAAGGAAAACAAUGUACACCUGCAGCAAUGGCAAAGAACACGCUGUAGUAAGCUGUAUUGGUCAUUGUGGGGGUUGGAAAAGCAAAGUUGAAUAGGAUGGAUUAUAUAAACGCGGGUUAACAAAUUGUCAUCACCACAGACAUUGCCACACUCAACAUGGUUAGGUUUUUCCUCUUUAAAAUGUCUCAAAUGAGUUUUGAAUCUUUGUGUUGAAGUGAUGAUUUUCAUUGUUUUUGUUGUUCAUGAGAGAACAUUCCUGGAUGUUAUGCACAACUGGACUUACACCAUACACUUCUAAGACACUGGUCUCAAACUCCAGGAGGAACAUGCAACCUACCCCAUCAGGAAGAACAUUUUUUUUAGUUGUAGGGUAUCCAAAAUCAAUUCUACCAUGUGUACUGAAACCUUUGGUCUGUUACAUUUGCUGUACGAUUUUUUGAGACUAUUAACAAUGAUGUCAUAUCUCAACCAAACCAAAAAGUGUUGCCUGUCAUCAUGUACAUAAGCCCCACCUGUUUUAAUUAUUUUCGAAGCAGAAGCAUUAUUUUUGAACAGCUGUUACUGUUACAGAAUCCCAGCAUUACCAAUACAGUCCAUUUCGACACUGUAAUUAUUUCAAUAAAAGUUCAUUGCUCUUAAUUAUA